UCCCUUCUUUCCUAAUCAGUACUAAUCUUAAAUCGGUUCUUCGGGAAGCUCGCCCUGAUCUCAGAUGCUCAGUCAGAGUCGACGGAUGGAGGUGACGGUGCUGGUGGUUGCUCUGACUCUCAUUUUCUCUCUCUUCAUCUUCGACUCCGUCGGAACUCUCGCUGAGAGUUUAUCCGGCAUCCGGCAUAGACAAUCGGCUGGCUCUCUCUGUAGUCAUCUCAUCGAGCCCGCCGGUUAUCCUUGCACUGAACACACAAUUCAGACAGAGGAUGGUUACUUGCUUGCUCUUCAGCGUGUGGCAUCUCGAAUUGGGAAUUUAAGAGUUCAACCAGGGCCACCAGUUUUGCUUCAGCAUGGACUCUUUAUGGCAGGUGAUGCAUGGUUUUUGGACUCCGCGGAGCAGUCACUGGGAUUCAUUCUUGCAGAUCAUGGUUUUGAUGUAUGGGUUGGCAAUGUACGUGGUACACGCUGGAGUCAUGGGCAUUUGAUAUUUUCAGAGAAAAACAAGGAAUUCUGGGAUUGGAGUUGGCAGGAAUUGGCUCUCUAUGACCUUAAAGAAAUGAUACAGUACAUAAGUUCAUUAACAAACUCCAAAAUUUUCGUUGUUGGACAUUCACAGGGGACAAUUAUGUCUCUGGCUGCUCUUACUCAGCCACAUAUUUCUGAAAUGGUUGAAGCUGCUGCUCUUCUCUGUCCUAUAUCUUAUUUGGAUCAUAUCAGUGCUCCUCUUGUGCAGAGAAUGGUUACUGUUCACCUUGAUCAGAUGAUUUUUGCUCUGGGCAUACAUCAAGUGAACUUUAGAAGUGAUGUGUUACUUAACCUUGUGGAUUCAAUGUGUGGUGGUGAAGUGGAUUGCAACAAUUUUCUAACUUCUAUAACAGGGAAGAAUUGUUGCUUCAAUAACUCCCGUGUGGACUUCUACUUGGAGUAUGAGCCUCACCCAUCAUCUACAAAAAACAUGCGCCAUCUUUUCCAGAUGAUUCGUAAGGGUACGUUUGCGCACUAUGAUUAUGGAAUCUUCAAAAACCUGAAGAUAUAUGGUCAGUUGAAACCCCCAGAAUUUGAUCUUAGCCGCAUUCCAGCAUCAUUACCGUUGUGGAUGGGCUACGGGGGAAAUGAUGCUUUAGCAGAUGUCACAGAUGUGAAGCAUACUCUUAAGGAACUGAGAUCCAAGGCCGAGUUGCUUUAUCUUCGGAACUAUGGUCACAUAGACUUUCUGUUGAGUGUAAAAGCAAAGGAAGAUGUCUACACUCAAAUGAUUGAUUUUUUCAGGCCCUGGGGAAAGUCCAGUAGUUCUUGAUAUGGUUGCUACUUACUGUCUGUCAGUCAUGGUAUCUCAGACGGCUUUCCCCCUACUAUUUCUGUACAUAUAUAUAUAUAUACACGCUUACACGUAUAUACGCAUAUACAUACGUACACAAAUAUAUGUAAAUACGAAUAUAUGGAUUAUAUAAAGUUCCCCCUUUUCUUCUCAUCA